AUGACGACAAUAUAUCUGGAAACUGAGCCAGAAAAGACACACAUGUCCAAGCUGAAGGAGAACGUUGCGUUGGAAACUAUACCUACAGAGGAAUCAGUAAAUUCUUCAUCACCAAUUUGGAAUUUUAUUCAACAGUUAUCAAAGAAGUUAGAUGCUUUGGGGGUAGAAACGAGAGGUAUAGAAAGAAUCGAACCGUAUGAGAGAUCCACAAACAAAGUCAAGCAAUUGAUAUCUGUUAUUGGAUUAUGGUUGUCCGCCUGUGGUGGUUUAAGUUCUAUGUCUACAUUUUUAUUGGGGCCAUUAAUUUUUGAAUUAGGAUUAGAAAAAUCUUUAGUAUCAAGUUUAGUUGGUCAAGCAAUCGGAUGUGGUAUUGCUGCAUACUGUUCAUUAAUGGGUCCAAGAUCAGGCUGUCGUCAGAUGGUAAGUGCUAGAUUUUUAUUUGGUUGGUGGUUUGUAAAAUUAGUCAGUCUUGUAAGUAUUAUUGGGGUUAUGGGUUGGUCUGUUGUGAAUAGUGUCGUUGGGGGUCAAAUAUUACAAAGUAUGAGUGACGGAAAGGUUCCUCUUGUUGUUGGUAUUAUUAUUGUGGCAAUCAUAUCCUUAUCUGUCGCAAUAGGUGGUAUAAAGCACCUAUUGAAAGUUGAAACAUUUUUGAGUAUUCCUGUGAAUCUUUCGUUUUUAUUAUUGUAUGUUGUUGCUUCCCAAAAAUUUAACCUUUUAUCAAAUCUUGACAGCGAAGACAUUAGGGGCAUGUCCGAUACGAUUAAAGGCAACUGGUUAUCAUUUUUUUCGUUAUCAUAUUCAACUACGGCGACAUGGGGCUCGAUAGCUUCUGAUUACUAUAUAUUAUUCCCAGAAAAUACCCCUGAUGUACAGGUUUUUUGCCUUACUUUUUUUGGUAUCUUAAUCCCAACAACCUUUGUUGGUGUCCUUGGAUUACUUAUUGGUAAUGUUGCAUUAUCAUACAAGCCUUGGGGAAAUGUCUAUGAAGUUUAUGGUAUGGGUGGUCUAUUGAAUGAAGCCUUUAAGCCAUGGGGAGCAGGGGGUAAGUUUUUACUCAUGAUCAUUUUCUUAUCCUUGGUCUCAAAUAAUAUUAUAAAUACUUAUUCAGCUGCUUUUGGAGUUCAGUUGGCAGGUGUCGGAUUUGCUAAAGUUCCAAGAUGGAUAUGGGCUUUUGUAUUGACAGCAGUAUAUCUCAUUUGUGCGUUAGUUGGAAGAAAUAAGUUAGCUACUGUUUUAGGGAAUUUCCUACCAAUGGUUGGUUACUGGAUAUCUAUGUACUUCGUAAUGUUACUUGAAGAGAAUUUGAUUUUCAGAUCCAAGAGAUUUAUUCAUUUAUACACCAAGGAGUUUGCCGACGAUGAUCUGCAGGAAUCAUUAGCGUCUGGUGCUAGUUUAAUUAAAUCUAAAGAAUCGAGACGCAACCAAUAUUACAACUUUAAAAUCUGGAAUGAUUAUGAUAAAUUGAGUAGAGGCCUAGCAGCCACUGCUGCAUUUAUUGUCGGUGCAGCAGGUGCUGCUAUUGGUAUGGCCCAAGUUUAUUGGGUCGGUCCUUUAGCAAGAUUAUGUGGAGGUGAAUUUGGAGGUGAUAUUGCAAUGUGGUUAUGUAUGGGUCUUAGUGGUAUCGUUUUUCCAUGGUUAAGAUAUUGGGAACUAAAGAAAUUCGGUCGUUAA